AUGCCUGGAGACAGAGAUGACGAGAUUUGUCAGAAGGCACUUGAACUCCUGUCAGAUCUUUGCUCGAAGGGGGAAGUGCAGAACGAACACUGCCUGGAUUUUAUCUACUAUUUCCGAGACCUUGCCAGGCCACGCUAUACGGAUUCAGAUAUAUCGGUGAGUUUGUUGUCACUGGUAGUGACUGCCUGUGGCUUGGCCCUGUUUGGGGUCUCCCUGUUUGUCUCCUGGAAGCUCUGCUGGAUACCAUGGAGGGAGCGUGGGCUGUCCCCCACCACCAAGGAGGCCCAUGGGCACCUCAACCCUACAAUGAGCCCUCUGCCCUCGCUCCCUGCAGCCAGGCAGCCAGUUUACACAGCCGUGGACCCCCCGCCGCACAACCGCCGUGAGUCAUCACAAUGCUCCAUCGCCAGAGAGCCCACUCCUGUGGCGUCCGUGGUGUCAGUGGAGGCUCCAGUAACUCCAGUAUCACCACCGCCUGUGGUCAUGGCCACACCAGAGGCAGCUAUGAAGAUCAGUCACACAUCUCCAGAUAUCCCACUAGACGCCCAGACUAAAGGCCGGGAAAAUGGGGUUCACACCAACCCUCGUAUGCAGAGACAGACCACUGAACCUUCCUCUGCCAACAGACAAGGGUCCAUUCGCAGGCAUAUAAACCUGUCUAACCCAGACUUCAACGUGGCUCAGUUCCAAAGACAGGACUCUCUCACUGGAAUGGGGCUGGGCCUUGGUCGCCUCAAACCUGAACUCUACAAACAGCGCUCCCUUGAGGGAGAUGAAGGCAGUCGCAGAGGCGGGGGUUGUGGGCGCCUCCACUUUAUCCUCAAAUUUGACUGCGACCUGGAACAGUUAAUAGUUAAGAUCCACAAAGCAGAGGAACUCCCAGCCAAGGACUUUUCUGGCACCUCUGACCCUUAUGUUAAGAUCUACCUGCUCCCUGAUCGUCAGACCAAGCACCAGACCAAGGUGCACCGCAAGACCCUGAAUCCUGUGUUUGAUGAGGUCUUCCUGUUCCCUGUGUCAUACUCUGAGCUUCCCACACGUAAGCUGCACUUCAGCGUUUAUGACUUUGACCGGUUUUCACGCCAUGACAUUAUUGGCCAAGUGGUUGUGGACAACUUCCUGGAUCUGGCAGAUUUCCCCAGGGAGACCAAACUCUGCAGGGACAUCCAGUACGUCUCCUCGGAUAAUGUGGAUCUCGGGGAUCUGAUGUUUUCGCUCUGUUACUUGCCCACUGCCGGCAGAUUGACCAUUACCAUGAUAAAGGCCCGCAAUCUCAAGGCCAUGGAUAUCACUGGUGCAUCUGAUCCGUACGUGAAGGUUUCACUAAUGUGUGAUGGUCGCAGACUGAAGAAGAGGAAGACAUCUACAAAGAGGAACACUUUGAAUCCAGUCUACAAUGAGGCCAUUGUCUUUGAUGUCCCUCCAGAAAAUAUAGAGCAGAUCAGCCUUUUGAUUGCAGUGAUGGACUAUGACCGUGUAGGCCAUAAUGAAGUCAUUGGUGUGUGUCGAGUUGGCAAUGAUGCGGACAGCCUCGGUCGAGACCACUGGAGUGAAAUGCUCACAUGUCCCCGAAAACCUGUUGCCCACUGGCAUCCAAUUGUUGAGGUGAGGUGA